CCUGGCUGCGGGAUCUACCCCGCACUCGCUGAUGCGCCCGGCGCGCCCUGAGCUGCCCCCGCGCCCGCUGUGCCGCCGCCGCCGGUAGCCGCUGGGCCGUCGGGCCUCCCAGGGAGCCCCGCGCGCCCGCCCAGCCCAGGCUGCCCAGAUGCGGGCGCCACUCUGCCUGUUGCUGCUCGUCGCCCACGCCGUGGACAUGCUCCCCCUGAACCGCAGGAAGAAGCAAGUGGGCACUGGUCUGGGGGGCAACUGCACAGGCUGUGUCAUCUGCUCAGAGGAGAAUGGCUGCUCCACCUGCCAGCAGAGGCUCUUCCUGUUCAUCCACCGGGAAGGUAUCCGCCAGUACGGCAAGUGUGUGCAUGACUGUCCCCCCGGCUACUUCGGCGUUCGCGGCCAGGAGGUCAACAGGUGCAAAAAAUGUGGGGCCACAUGUGAGAGCUGCUUCAGCCAGGACUUCUGCAUCCAGUGCAAGAGGCGGUUUUACCUGUACAAGGGAAAGUGUCUGCCCACCUGCCCACCGGGCACCGCGGCCCAGCAGAGCACACGGGAGUGCCAGGAGGAGUGUGAGCUGGGCCCCUGGGGCAGCUGGAGCCCCUGCACACACAACGGGAAGACCUGCGGCUCAGCCUGGGGCCUGGAGACCCGCGCGCGGGAGGCCGGCCGGGCCGGGCGGGAGGAGCCAGCCAUCUGCCAGGUGCUGUCUGAGUCAAGACAAUGUCCCAUUCGGAGGCCCUGCCCAGGAGAGAGUAACGCCAGCCAGAAGAAGAGCGGGAAAGAUCGGCGCCCGCGCAAGGACCGGAAGCUGGACGGCAGGGGGGAAGGGAGGCCCCGCCCAGCGCCCGCCUAGGCACGCCGCCCGCGGCCAGACCGCCAGCAGCCGCGAGCUUUGUCUCGCGCCCCUCGCUCUCUUGCUGCUGCUUCUUCUCUUCUUUCUCUCUUCUCUUUCUUUCUCACCUACUUCUCCUCUCUUUUUUUCUUUUAUUUCCUGCAUUUCUUCCACUUCUGUUUUCCCCUUCUCCCUCCCCUCCUUUCUCUUCUUUCUCUCUUUCCUUUUAUCUUUUUCUUUCCUCCUGUUUUUCUUCUGUUCUUCACUGCUUCCCUCCCCCCGACACACAUGCACUAAGACAGAGACCGACUCCUGUGCACUCCACCCCUCACCCCCCUCGCUCUCUGUCUCCUCCUUAAAGAAAGCAAACAUCUUUUUCUAGGCCUUUCCCGGACCCUUCCUGACCCCUUUGCAGACAAGGUGUUUCUAAGAGCAGGGCCCAGGCCACAGCCCAGGCAGGCUUACUGAGUCCUGAGAGACCCGCUUCUGCUCCAGAGGAGACCCCAGAACCCGGAGCUGUGGGUGCCUCCAGCUCUGGCCAAUCCCUGGAGGCAUUUCCACAGCCCUCAGCCACCAGCUCCCCUGGGAACCGCCUGGAAGAGUCUCAGGGCUUCCUGAUGCCCCAGCUGGGACUUGAUAAGAUGUCUCCUCACGGAGGAGCCACGACGGGGCCUCUAGCUGGUCAACCAGCCCCGUGCCCACCUGUGGCACAGAGUCACCCUCCUGGGAACUGCCUGCUGCCCUCAUCAGUGCUCCCUCAGCACCCUCCCUCUCACAGUUCCCUGGCCCCUGCUUCCUGAGCCCACGGUACACCCAUGUCCUGCACCAGGUGGGGCUGUCAACCCUGGAGGAACCACCAGCCCAUCCUAGAAGAGGCCAUGGAGGCUGAAAGGAACGUUGAGAUCAUCCAGGCCACUCUGUUCGCCCCUGGCUCCUCCUGCCUGUUGUACCGCUGGGGAAACUGAGGCCUGAGAAGGGACUUGCCCAAGGUCACACAGGGAACCCAGGGGCUGUGCCUUCCACCUGUUGGUUGCCCCGCUCAGCACACCCAGAGCUGAGAGGAAACUUCGGGAGCCCUUGGGGAGGUGAGGAAGGAAGUUGUCAGAUCAGGAGCAGGGGAAGAUUCCUCCACUCACCCACAGCACCCCGAGACCCCAGCCUGCGACCCCCGCACACCAGCCAGAAGAGCAGGAGGAGGCAUCCCCUCACUGCCUGUCGUCCCGCCAUCAAGUGCCUCCUUCUUCCUUUGCUCCCCUGACUCCCAGGAAGCGGUGCUCCCAAUUCACAUUGGCGUUUCCAGCAGCCAGGACCAGGGAGAGCGUGAGACCCCAGGGGCCCGGGAAUUGGGGCUGUCAGCUGGCUGGAGGAGAGGCUAAAGGUGAUGCAGUAGCACAUCCCCACCCGAGACAGCGCCCACCCUCAGGCCUCCCUCCGCCUGGUGCAUGGGGAUCCCCUAGCACUGCCUCCAACAGAUUCUGAGGAACCUGCCCCUUCCCAGGCCUCAAUCCCCCUCUCACCUCCCUGAGGUCAGCA